CAUACUUGAAGAUUUCGAGUUUGUUGCACUCCUUGUUCAGGAAAACUACAUCAGCUACAAGCCUGCUAACUGAAAGGAAGCGUUUAUCAUGGAUUCUAUUUCAAAAGCUUCGGAUUACCUUUACGUUGGAGACAUGACCAGCAAAAGCAUGCACAAGUAUCGGACAUGGGAGCUCACAAACUUACUUUGUGCAGUUCUGGCUCUGACCUGUUCAUCUGUUCUGCAAGGGAGGAGGGAGCGUUCGAUGCUAUGGAAGAUAAACUCAGAUUUCCUGCAUGGCUUACAAAGGGUCGUAAGAGGAAGAAAAGAGAGGGACGUUUGCACUGCAGAUUCAUUCCAGAACUCGAUAUCCUACCACCGUUGCUCAAGCGCCAAGCUCAGAGUAUUCCAGAUUUCCGAGGUCCCGCGGCUGAAGAUCACGCAUUUAAACAGACUACGGAUGAGCUUUUCGCUCUGCUCAAGGAAUGUCGGCACUGAGUGAGGUUGGAGUGUCAAUUCGGGCAAUGGUUUUCAACAUGACUCGUUGAUGCUUUGAAUGCACAGAGCUGAAACAGAUUCGCUGUGCUGCCUCCUUCGAAUUCAACAACGCAGUGUGUCAAAGACGUUCAUGGCACUCGUAGUCGCAAAUCGUUGCGCUGCUUGUGAGGGAGCUGAGCUCGUUGGAGUGUCAAAGACGUUCACGGCAAACCUUCGAAUUCAUUUCUGCUUGCAGCAAGCUGAAAUGAGUUCGCAAAAUGUUCGGCUGCUUGUGAGGGAGAUUUCCGACUCGAGCCUGCCUGAUUCUCAUGCGAAAUCAUUCCCCUCUGAUUCCGUGAAGUUUUUGUCUGCUCGUCUGAGUGAGACUUGACAAGUGCUGAUCGUAUCAUCUAAAACGAUGGUUUCUUUUUUUCUUUGUUUUCGUCUGUAUCUA